AUGACACCCUGUGAACAAAAACUAGCAAAACAUUAUCUUUCCACCAUAAGAAAAUUUGCUCGAGCCUUUGCUACCAAAACCUUCACUAGAGAUAGACCUCAUAUUAAUAUCGGAACGAUUGGUCAUGUUGACCAUGGAAAAACAACAUUGACUGCUGCAAUUACCAAAGUAUUGGCUGAAAAAGGAGACGCACAAUUCAAAUCCUAUGGAGAAAUCGAUAGAGCACCAGAGGAAAGAGCUCGCGGAAUCACAAUUUCCACUGCGCAUGUUGAAUAUUCUACUAACGAACGUCACUAUGCUCACAUAGAUUGUCCUGGUCAUGCAGAUUAUAUAAAGAAUAUGAUUACAGGAGCUGCACAAAUGGAUGGCGCGAUAUUAGUAGUCGCUGGUACGGAAGGCCAGAUGCCGCAAACUCGAGAGCAUCUCCUCCUAGCAAAGCAGGUGGGUAUAAAAGAAAUUUGUGUUUACGUCAACAAAGCUGAUGUCGUAGAGGAUAAAGAGAUGAUCGAAUUAGUUCAAUUGGAGAUGUUAGAGAUUCUUGAUGAAUUCGGCUACGAUAGUGAGAAAACACCUAUCGUUGUGGGCUCUGCUUUAUGUGCACUAGAGGGCCGAAAACCAGAACUUGGGAGGGAUUCUAUAAUGAAGUUACUAGAUGAAAUUGAUAGGCAUAUUCCAGAACCCAAAAGAGAUUUAGAGAAACCUUUCCUCUUACCAGUGGAAGAUACUUAUUCGAUAUCGGGUAGAGGUACCGUUAUCACUGGUAGAGUUGAACGUGGAAUACUCAAGAAAGGAGAUGAAGUACAAUUUGUUGGUCGAAAUUCUGAACUAAAGUCUAUUAUCACUGGUAUCGAAAUGUUUAGAAAAAGCCUUGAUGAAGCUAGACCUGGUGAUAAUAUUGGAGCUUUAGUUCGAGGUUUGAAGCGCGAUCAGGUCAAAAGGGGAAUGGUGAUGGCAGCUCCAGGAACAGUGAAAUCAUUCACAAAAUUUGAAGCUCAGGUUUACCUAUUGCAAAAAACUGAAGGCGGUAGACACAAACCGGUGAUUAGCAAUUAUUCUCCACAAUUAUUCACCCGGACUGCAGAUGUUACCUGCAAGCUAAUGCUACCAGAUGAUAAGGAAAUGUUAAUGCCUGGUGAAGAUGCAAACAUGGUAAUCACUUUGCAUACAGACAUGCCCUUAGAAGUGAAUCAGCGAUUUACAUUACGAGAUUCAAAUCAGACUGUAGGAACUGGAAUUGUCACGAAAUACCUUAAAUGA